CGCCCAUCAACGCCCAUCAACGCCCAUCAACGCCCGUCCAUCAACACCAACACCACCGCCGUCAUCGCCAUCUCAACCAAGCCCCGGGACCGACUCGCUCGCCAUGUCGCAGCCGCACUCGUCGUCCGUUAUGACCCUGAGCUGGGGCACUGACAACGUCGUCAUCUUCAGCUUCUGGCACACCCAAGGUGUACUAUCGCUGGUGCUCAGCUGCAUCGUCAUCUUCCUGCUGUCGUUCUUCCAGCAGUUCUUCAAGUUCUUUAGGGCCCUCCAAGACAGCAAGUUUUCUUGGGUGGGCCUCCAGUCGUCGUCCUCGAGCAGCACCAUCAUGACCUCCCUCAGCAUCCUCAAGACCGAUACCACCGCACUGCCGGUGCCCAUCCAGGACCAUCCCCGCUCGAGCCUGGACAUUGGCGAGGACGAGACCCACAUUGAUCAGUCGCAUUCCGAGCCCGGUGCGCUACAUACACUCCGCCCGAACUCAAGAUACAACGGCACUCAGAUCGUCCGUACGGCGCUGUACCUGAUCGACAUCAUUCUUUCCACGUUUCUGAUGCUGGUCUUGAUGACCCUCAAUGGCUGGCUGAUUUUGUCGUACGUCCUGGGCUCGUCGAUUGGGUUCUAUAUCUACAGUCCCAGCACCAGCCCAAGUGUGCCUCAAUACCACGCCGCGCAUCACUAGACUGUCAAGAUAUCGCGCCGCCCAACUUGACGAAGACCUCGUUUGCUGCUCCAUGACUCUGCCGUGUGCUCGAAAUCGGCGCUGUAGCAUCAACCACUGCGCCCUCUUAAGAGCCCCAGCUUUGCUUGCAGGCUCGCUCCCUCUGCUAACGAGAGCCUUGAUUCUUCUUGCAGACACACGCUUUCACUCUCACAAACCCACUCUCACACAUACACACUCUCACACAUACACACAACAAGAAAGUGGACAAUUCACGACUCGAUCUCAUGUAUCCGCAUCCUGCGCUUGCGUGACGCCGUUUUUGCUUGCCGAGGCUCACGCUUGCCGUUGUUUCUUGAAUAUACUUGACCUGCAUGCCCUGCAGCGAAGCGAGA